AUGAGUAGCUCCACUAGCAACGCGGGCCGGGUGGUCUUUAUUGGGGCCGCGGGCGAGAUGUGUCGUGUGGCCAUUGAACGGUUCGCUACCGCAAGCAGUGCCUUGCUCAUUCUGGCGGAUAUCAACACGGACGCGCUGGAACCGCUUCGCGCGACGCUGCCAGCGGGCCGUGCGACAACCAAAAAGCUCGAUCUUUUUGAUGAAGCUAGUUUGCACGACACGAUCAUCGGUGCGGCUCUCGUUGUCCUUGGUGCCGGACCAUACGCGCGAACCUCAGGGCCCGUCCUCGCCGCCUGUCUGAAGGCGAAGGUGCCGUACCUGGACUUUGACGAUGACGUGGAGAGCACUACGGCAGCUCUCGCCCUACACGAAAAAGCUCGGGACGCGGGCGUGCCAUGUUAUAUUGGCUGUGGUGCCUCACCCGGGAUGAGCAAUGUCCUGGCGGUAGACGCCGUCGGCGAUCUGGACACGGUUGAUACGAUCGAUCUCUGUUGGCUCGUGGGUGAUGAGCGUCCCGGGAUUGGCAAGGCGGUUCUGGAACAUCUCAUGCAUAUUGCUGCCGGGCCUUGCUUGACAUGGGUCAAUGGAAAGCCAUCGCUCAAUGAAUCCUGGGUCGAGACCGGAUAUGCACCCAUGGUAGGACCGUGUGGGGAAACACUCUUGCAUGAGACUGCGCAUCCGGAGCCAGUCACCCUACCACGGCUAUUUCCCGGUGCAUCGCGUAUUCGAUGCCUGGGCGGGCUGGACCCUGCACCCUUCAACGGAAUCGCCCGUGGACUUGGGACAGCUGUACGUCGGCAAGCAUUGUCUAUGGACGAGGCCGUGAGCUUCUUACUCAGCCUGGUCAAUAACCCUCCGUCGUACAAUGGGUGGACCAAUGCGCUGGGCGGCUUGACCGGAGCCUUCCGUGGCGGCGAUAUUACUAUCAAUGAACUGUGGCAGUUGGUGGCACAAGGGGCCCAUGCUCUAGGUCCUUGGCGCUAUGCACUUAUGGGCAUGAUGGACCAGAUCCGAAGCGGCGAAUGCACAGUUGGAGAGAUUCUGUCUUUCAUCGCCUCUUCUGUGCGCGGCCAGCCAGCACCAUAUCGUGGCAGUCUACUCGUGCGAGCGAUUGGUUCCCGCCAGGGCCACCCUGCCGUAGUUAUCAAACGAACAGCGCAAUGUGGCGAAGGCGCCUAUCUUAUGAAGGACAUGGCGUCAAUCACCGGAACCGCAUGUGCCGCAUUCAUGGUGAUGGCACUGGCACCAGGGCCGAAGCGGACUGGUGUGUUCGCUCCCGAGGAUUGGGCGAAGCCCCAGGCUUUCUAUCAGGCGCUGGAGCAAGUGGGCACUCCCCGUGAAGAGAUUGUGGAAUGCCUCACUUCAUGA